AUGACAGAUUCAUCCACGAUUAACAAUGAUACGCCAGAAUGUCCCAGCGACGCGGUAUCUUUCCCGCUUCAGCAUCUUCCUCCUGAAUUGCGAGAGUUGGUCUGGGUGAUGGCCGCCGAGCAGGCUGCAGACGCGGCCCCCUAUAUUUGUUUCUCAGCGCACACGGUAUAUCGUCCAGGUAAUCUCCAUCCUUCCGUUGUACGGGACGUGCGAGAUUUCUUCUGGCCGCUCUUCCUAACGAACACCGAGAGUCACGCAAUCGUCAGCCGAUAUGUCUUGAUGUUCCACCAACGAAGAAAAGCGCCCCAGCUCGCUCUCAAUUUCGUCGAUAUAUUCCCUCUAGAACCAGCUUUGCUUGACUACAUCAUCGAGUUCUCAAGACGAUCGACUGAGUCACUAAGAAUCAAAGCUGGCAUAAAAUCUAGUGUUCGAUAUCCCGGGGUGCUACAAACCGCUUUCGAGAGCCAGUUGGACGAAGUUACCACGGUCAUGAACGUGUCGAUUCGCGCUUCGAUGUUCUUUAAACCCGAGACCAAUCAAGCGCGUCUAUUAAUGCUGCUUCGAUUUAUAAACCUGAAGAGAGUGUACAUCAAUAUGGGCGACAAGUGCUUCCACAAUUAG